AUGGCUUCUUUUCAGUCGCCAGUUACACUAAAGCCCCUCCCCAUCAUUCAUCUAAACGGCUUCCCAGGCACGGGCAAGCUCACCAUAGCGAGGGCUCUACAACAGCAGCUUGGUCCAUGCUGCCGGCUACUGCACAACCACUUACUCAUAAACCCUGCGGACGCAGUGCUGCACCGCUCUGAGACAGGCUAUCAAGACCUACGGCGCGCUAUUCGCAAAGCCAUCUUUACGUUGCUGGCCGAAAGUCCAGUCAGUCGGAACUUCGCCUACGUUUUCACCGACUUCCAAUCCAACGAUGACGUAGGAAGCGCCGUAUGUGCCGAAUAUUCCGAAACGGCUUGUGAUCGCGGCGCAGCGCUGGUGUCCGUUGUCGUGACCUGCGAUGAAGCAACCAACAUAGCCCGCAUACAGUCCGCUGAUCGCAAGGCGCAUCGCAAGAUCGUCGACCCGGGACUACUACGCAUGUUCCGUAACGGCGUCAGAAUCCAUCGCUUUGAUGAGCCAGGGACGAUGAGUAUAGAGGUUGAUGUUACUGAAUCAACUCCGACCGAAGCGGCUAGACGGAUGCUGAAGUAUAUUAUGGGGGUCUGCCCGGAGGUUGAAAGGGCAAUGUCGUGGUACCAACUUUAG